GCAAGUCCUUACUCGGCUCGUAGGAGGGGCAGCGGCGGCCCGCGGUCGGCGGUGAGCUCGAGGCAUGGCGCAGAGUCGGCCCAUCAAGAUGGUGGUGGUGGGAGACGGCAUGGUGGGCAAGACAUGCCUGCUGGUCGCCUUCACCACCGGAGCCUUUCCCGGCAACGACUACGAGCCCACAGUCUUCGACAACUACGCGGGUAGCCUACUUGUGGACGGCGUCACUGCAAACCUGACGCUGUGGGACACCGCGGGACAGGAAGACUACGAGAAGCUGAGGCCGCUUUCCUACCCUGGGUCGGACGUGUUCCUGCUGUGCUACAGCAUCAGCAGCCAAGCGUCGUAUAACAACAUCUUGACAAAGUGGCAACCCGAGCUCAAGCAUCACUGCCCUUCGACGCCAUACGUCUUAGUGGCCACCAAGGCCGACCUUCGCCAAGAGGAUUCCGCCGAGGAGCUCGUGACCCGAGCAUCGGGCAAGAAGCUGGCCUCCAAGAUCAAAGCUUACAGCUACAUCGAGUGCUCAGCCAAGACGGGAGAACGUGUCAGGGAGGUCUUUGAAGAGGCUGCCCGGGCAGUACUCCAGCCAAAAUCCUCAAGAAAGAAGAAGUUAGCUUGUAAGAUCUUAUAGGCACGGCCUCGUGGGUGACAUCGGAGAUAUGUCUCACUCACUUAGCACGCUGUACAUGAAAAAGCCGCGGCAAUCUUUAUUUUUUCUUGUAUAUAGGUACAUAUAUCAGUGUCAGCGCAUCAUUCUUCGUACACACAAUCUACUCAGUGGCACUGUAGUAUGCGCGUGUUGCAAUAAAGUAAAAGUGAAUCAUCCAGCUGU